UGAGGUGGGAGGAUGUGAUGACGCUGUGCUCCCGCGCAGCGGGGACUCGGGCCUUUAAAAAGCUGAGGAAACAGCCUGUGAGCAGGCGGUGGCUACACUGGAGGAGAGCACACCCAGGUCUCGCAGUAAAGCAGCCAAACUGUCUGCUUCAAAGAGAAAAGGCAACAUCCUGUCACAGGCCAUGCUCUGGCAGAAACCCUCGGCGCCAGAACAAGCCCCGGCCCCACCCCGGCCGUACCAGGGCGUCCGUGUGAAGGAGCCAGUGAAGGAACUGCUCCGGAGGAAACGUGGCCAUGCCAGCAGCGGGGCGGCUGUCACACCAACGGCGGUGGUGCUGCCCCAUCAGCCGCUGGCUACCUACACCACAGUGGGUCCUUCCUGCCUGGACAUGGAGGUCUCCGCCUCCACAGUGACAGAGGAGGGCGCCCUGUGUGCCGGCUGGCUCUCCCAGCCGGCCCCGGCCACCCUCCAACCCCUGGCCCCGUGGACGCCCUACACGGAGUACGUGCCCCACGAAGCUGUCAGCUGCCCCUACUCGGCUGACAUGUACGUGCAGCCCAUGUGCCCGAGCUACACGGUCGUGGGGCCUUCCUCCGUGCUGACCUACGCCUCCCAGCCACUCAUCACUAACGUCACGACGAGAGGCGCGGCUGCACCCACCGUGGGGCCCCAGCUGGAGGGCCCGGAGCACCAGGCGCCCCUCACCUAUUUCCCAUGGCCGCAGCCCCUGUCCACACUGCCCACCUCCACCCUGCAGUACCAGCCCCCGGCCCCAGCCCUGCCCGGGCCCCAGUUCGUCCAGCUUCCCAUCUCUAUCCCCGAGCCGGUGCUUCAGGACAUGGAAGACCCCAGGAGAGCCAUCAACUCCCUGACCAUCGACAAGCUGCUUUUGGAGGAAGAGGAGGGCGAUGCCUACGCACUCAACCACACGCUCUCCGUGGAAGGCUUUUAGGGCGUGCGCCCACCUGGGAAUCCUGUCCCUGGGCCGGGGAUUUCAAAUUGAGCCUGGGAUUGAGCCUCAGAGUCACACCUGUUUGGAGUAGUUAUUUCACAACUACACUUUCCACCCUAAACCAGAAUUGUUGGCUUCCCUUCCCCCCUCCCCCCUUCCUUCCUCCUUCCCUUCCUGCCUCCCU